GUUUGGUGGUCUGAACCGAAUCGAUUGCGGCAACGAAGAAGUCGGCACUUGUGUUGGCGUUUGUGAUUGCUUUUUCGCAAGGGACUGGAAACAAUCUGCCAACCAAUCCAAUUCAAAGCAAACGCUUUUCCUCCGAAUAACACAGCCUCCUUCCACCUGAUUCUGAAUUUGACUCCUCACAAUCGGCGCAACUUUCCGAGUCAGCGUCGUACACGAGGAUUACACAAGUUUCUUGCCCUCUGUUUCUCACCUCACCUUUCCUUUCCGCACGCGGCUCGCUUUGGCUUUUAUAUGUCAGCUUGAAGCUGCAGUUUCGCUUGAAGCUGGACUCGUCCAAUACCUGCAUCACCCACACAAAUACAAAGGUGUGCUCAAGACCGCGAUCUUGUUAAACGGAGCUUCCUCUUUGUUACGUGGUUCAAGUCAGUUGGAGGCCACACCCAGCUCCAGAGAAACCUGGCGGUGCGCAUGCAGCCUUCUUUGGGUCGACGGCAUCUGGAUGGCCACGCGGUCUAGACAUCCUGAUUACAACAGGCAGCCACGGUCACUCAAACAAUCCACUUGAGCCUCUUCAGCCUGCUCCCGUCUUCGAUACCUCUACCCCUUGGGGCUUGCGUUACCACCCCACGUAUCGUUUCUUCAGCCAAGAUCGCCGACCGUCAUCCGAUUUGCAGGUGCCCACCAGGCCGCGAGCUACCUCGACCUGUAGACUGGCAACCGCCGGGGCAAAUAGGAGCCUCCAACGUUUCACAGAUACGCGUGAAGAGCAAAACUAUUCCCAGGUCCGAGGCUUCAAGGGAAAUACACGGUCUUUGAGACCUUCGAAGCGGGCUGUGCGGUCUUGGAGUAACUGUGCAGGUUCUUGAUCUUGUUGUCGGGCCUUGGAGAGGACACUCCAGUGCAGGCCAAGUUGAGAAACAUCGAUACGUAGUAGGUUCCGAUGCCUACCUACAGACUCCAAGCUGUCCUCUCUCCAGUACCUUCACCUAGUACGCAAUGUGACUGCAUUUUUCUCUGACACCUUCCGGAAAUUUCCAAAUACUUUGGCUGCUACUUCCCACCUCUACUCUUGAUCACAGCACUCAACGCGACCGAAUCUCACCUGCCUUGCAUCCAUCAAAACUUGAACAUCGCGGCGGACUCCUGCCUGUUUUACCUGCAGCCGAGGUUCCCCGGUCGCGCCUUCCCUCGUCCUCACCGAGCCCUGAGCCUCUUUCGCUGCUGCGUUGUCAUGAGGCCAGUUGAGUCGCCCUACUUAUCACUUAAAUCAUGACAACCCCCAGCCGAGCAACAGCGUUCUCGACGCGCGCCUCUUUGCGGCAGACACGAACUGGAUCACCCUCCCCGAACCCCCAGCCUCAACCCACUGCUGAAGCUAAAGACCUUGCCGACUUGGAAAUAAACUUGACUAUCCAGCUAGAACUGCGGGCUCAACUCCAAGAGGGGCCAGAGACUGACGAGAGCAAGGCCAUUCUCAUCGAAACCAAUGACAAGAUCUGCGACAUUGUUAGCAACAUGGACAGGAUUAGAGCUUCUCGUGGUUCCCCAAUGUAUGCGGGCUUUAGGGGUACGGCGGAUGGGGGGCGAUCUCCAGCUGGCACUGCUACAGCACAACAACGAGCACGUCAACAGGGCAACCAAGUUCGUCAACAACAGACACAGAGGGGGCUAAACCCCCAACAACACCCUCCUCAACGCCCCCCUCAACGGCAACAGCAGCAACAGCAUCAGCAACAGGGGCAACAACGGCCUCUACAAGGUUUAUACCAGCAAGAACAAGAAAACCUUCAACAACACCCCCAGCAACACGAGUCCCGAGUCGACGGUUCCGAAGACGCCCAAAACUCUUUCAGCGGUUUCGUUCCUCGGGAGCGGAAGCGCUCAAUCGGUACCAGCUUAGGCAAUGAUGCUCUCAAUGAUACCGGACGUAGUUCAAAGCGUACGGCUUCUGGAAGCGGUACUUCUGAUCAUUCGACAUUCUCGGAUCCCUUCAAUGCCAGCACCUUCGCAGGUAACGGCAUUGACCCCUUCGACGACAACUUCGGCUUUGACAACGGCUUCGACUUUGGCCCAUUGAUCGACCUCACCGAUGAUGUCGAUGUGGACGCCCUGCUUGGGCAACAGUUCGCGCAAGCUACUUCAACAUCUUCAGCGACCUUGACUCCAACCUCGCCGUCUGCUCCUUAUCAGAGUAAUCAGGUAUCGUACCAUGGCCCUCAAGCUGGCAUACCGCACAACACAAGCUUGCCGGCCCCUCAAAUUCCUGCUUCUGUUCGUCAGCUCUACAACACGCCGGACUUAUUGCCUGACAUAAAUAAUAUCUGGAAUGGUCCUUUUCACAACCCUGCUGUCUCUAGCAGAUCAAGCACGUCACGCUCGUCUCGACCAGCUCGGCCUCAGCUCCCAAGCUCUUCCAAUAGUAUAUUCUCUUCAGAUAACAGAUCUCUGGCCUUUCCUAGUUUACCCGGUGGCCUGGUGACCGUCGAUAGCUCGCGGCCGGGCACAUUAAUCAACGGGGACUACUAUGCGCCGAAUAACUCGGGCUCUAGCAGAGUACACAUACCAUCGCUGACCGACGUAAUCAGUCGGACUGCUACCUACGAUUUCACCUCCAUGACUGAUUUAUUGGGGAAUCCAUUAGACGAGAGGCUGACGACGCUCGAUCUGGAUGAUCCCUUAAAGAGAGAGGACGAGAUCAGUAAGCUGCUAUCCAACAUCCGGCCAGAUGAGGAUAUACCACCGGAGGAACGCGGAGACACACCACCAGAUUUGAAGUACCCCCUCUAUCCACACCAGCAGUUGGCACUCAAGUGGAUGACUGAUAUGGAAGGGGGCCACAACCGGGGUGGAAUUCUUGCCGAUGAUAUGGGCCUGGGGAAAACGAUCUCGACGUUGGCACUCAUGGCUAGCCGCAGAGCUCCGGAGGGUGAAGUGGUAACCAACCUAAUUGUUGGGCCCGUGGCUUUGAUCAAGCAAUGGGAACUUGAGAUCCAAAACAAGAUGAAAGAGGACCGCCGCAUGAAGGUCUAUCUCUAUCACGGCGGGUCAAAAAAGAAGCCUUGGACGGAACUCCAGAAGUACGACGUUGUCCUAACCACGUAUGGUACCCUGACUGCUCAAUUCAAGAAACACCAUCAUUAUCUCGAGAAAAAUACCGAGAGCCUGAAUGGGUUGGAUGAGCAAGCUGAGAAGCGAUAUCGGCUUGAGUGCCCGAUGCUUCAUCCUAGCACCAAAUUUUUCCGCGUCAUUUUAGACGAAGCCCAAUGCGUCAAGAACGCCAAUACAAUGCAGUCUCGAGCUGUCCGCCAGGUUCGAGCGACUUACCGAUGGUGUCUGACUGGAACGCCCAUGAUGAACAGUGUUUCGGAGCUUUCCUCUCUGCUGCGUUUCCUGCAAAUUAAACCUUUCUGUGACGAGAAGAAAUUCAAAGAAGCCUUCGCAUCUUUGGACCACAAGUACACCGGACGCGACGUUGAAAAGAGCACGGCCAUGAAACAAUUACAGGCUUUGUUGAAAGCCAUAAUGCUGAGGCGCAUGAAGACCACGGUGAUAGAUGGCAAUCCCAUUCUGAACCUGCCUCCGAAGUCGCUGUACACUGAGCACGUUGAGUUCUCCGAAGGCGAGCUUGAAUUCUACAAGAACCUGCAAGAAAAGUCCCAGGUCAUCUACGGCAGAUAUGUGAGAAAUAACACAGUGGGCAAGAAUUACUCAAACAUUCUCGUCCUUCUCUUGCGACUCAGACAAGCCUGCUGUCACCCGCAUCUCACCGACUUUGAGGCUAACCCCAAGAAUCAUCUGGCCGAAGCUACAAUGAUUGAGCUGGCGAAGACCCUGGAGCCUGUCGUCAUUGACAGGCUCAAGCAAAUCAAGGCAUUCGAAUGCCCUAUAUGCUACGAUGCGGUCAUAGACCCUACCAUCCUACUUCCCUGCGGUCAUGAUAUUUGCGCGGACUGCUUUUCCUCGUUGACUGACCAAUCCGCUAUGAACGGAAUCCGAAACGGACAGGACGGAGCGAAUGUCGCCAAAUGUCCGGUUUGCCGUGGCCCCGCUGACCAUACAAGGGUGACCAACUACACGUCUUUCCAGGCUGCUCAUAUGCCUGAAGCCCUGGAGAAGUUGGACAACGAUGAUGCAGAUUCUCUUGUCGGUGAUGGAUCAGACACGUCGGAUGGGUCGCUGGGUAGUCUCAGUGGGGAGAAGAAGCGUAAAGCAAAGAGCGAAGGGAAACGUCCUACAAAGGUUAAGCCGGAAGAGAAGGAGGACUGGAAGCCGACCGUUUUUGACCAACUGCGCAAAGAAGCAAACGCCAGCAGAAACCAGGACGCACGAGAUCGCCUACUCCAGUACACUUGGGACCAUUGGCAAGACUCGGCCAAAGUAAGUCGAGUGACCGAACUGGUUGAUCAGUUUCAGCAGUUCAACGAGAAGACCAUCAUUUUUUCGCAGUGGACGUCUCAUCUCGAUCUCAUUGAGUGCUCUCUCAAGUUCAAACUCAACAUCAAGUACCGUCGCUAUACAGGUAAUAUGUCCAGAUCCCAACGCGACAAUGCCAUCCAGGCGUUUGUCGAAGAUCCUGACGUCAAGGUAUUACUGGUCUCUCUCAAAGCCGGAAAUGCGGGCCUCAAUUUGACUGUUGCUUCGCGCGUCAUUGUUUGUGAUCCCUUUUGGAAUCCGUUCAUUGAGGACCAGGCCGUCGACAGAGCCUAUCGAAUCGGCCAACAACGGGAGGUUCACGUUUACAAGAUUUUGGUUCAAGAAACCAUUGAGGAUCGCAUCAUCGAGUUGCAGAACCUGAAGCGAAACAUUGUUGAGACGGCGCUUGAUGAGACCGAGGGUAAGCAGCUCGCAAGGCUAUCCAUCGACGACCUCAACUACCUUUUCACCGGUCGCCGUGGAGGUGCACGACAACAGUAAAGAGGAGGAGGAGGAGGAGAAGGAGGAGGAGGAGGAGGAGGAGAAGGGGGAGCACGUCGCUACCCUAUCCGUCACCAUCGUUUUUUUGGCUGCGAUUCUUUAAGAAACAUUACGUGGAUGCGGGAGCGUAUUUUAGGUCCAAGAGAUGCCGAUGUGAACGCAUAGCUUGGGACGCCUUGUGAUUACUAGUUACCGGAGUUAGCAUUGCUCUUGUAUUUGAGUUUGCCAUCUGCGCGAUGUAGUAUUGGAGCAUUCAGGGGGUUUCACGAACAGUUCUGUCUUUUCGGCAUGUUGAAUCGAGGAGUAUGCCGCUGUGGUGGAUUACCAUUUCUGCCUCGAUAAAGCUGAACAGGCAGCUUGUUACUAGGUAGCGGAUGUUGCUAUUAAUAUGUAUAUAUAAAUUGUUGGGUGAUGAGGAGGAAAUCAGCAGCGCAAUUCUAUCUGAAACCGAUCGAAGCUUGCCGGUUCCGAUAUUGUAUGUGCUGGUUUCUCUCGACGAAGGGGACGCGCUGCCUACCUUGAUCUACCUUGCGUAGGAAAACAUAGCACUGUUGUAGGCCACAAACAGAGAGUUCAAGGAGAUAAGGCUUCUCACGCU